AUGUACUACGUGGUAUUGACCACGCACCACAAUCGUCCGUAUCUAUCCAAAAUUGCCUUCAUAGCACGUGACUUCGAAUCAUGGGGAUGCCGUGUUGACCACUACCCCGACGACUCACCUUACAUUGCUGAAAUCCAAAGGCGGGAGAAGCGAGGAAAUCGCAGAGAGGUGCGGAGAGUCAACAUUAUGGAAUUAUGGGCACGUGAAGUCGUGGCCAGAAAAUACGAAUUUCGGUCUCGCAUGCCCAUGGCAAUUCCAGUGGUAACGGAAGAGCAUCUUCCAGGGGAGAGUCGGAGACAUGCGAGGACGAGUGAGAUUGUCCAGGACUUCAUCUGGGGGUUGGUUGCGUUUGAUAGGCCCAACCUUAAAGCCACAACCUUCCCGGUGGUAGAUCCCCGUCCCUUGCCCGAGUGGCCAUACGCUCUGUAUGAUGAUGAUGUGGAGACGAGGGAUCCGGUGCCGGCGUACGAGAGUGGGGAGCGUCCGCCGGCGUAUGUUUCCACGUGA